GAUAAAAACUUACUUAAAAACUUGUGCAAAUAUUUUUUUGAUUUGUCGACCAGCAAUAAUUGUUACAAUUCUCUUUUUAAAUCACAACCAUGAUUCUCACUGGUUGCAUUUUAGUGGUGCUUGUUGCAACAGCAUUAGGAAAUAAUGCCGCGGAUGAGAGUCAACUGGCCAUGGAGAAUCCUGAUUUGUUCGAAGGGGACAUAACCAAUAUUGACCCAAACGACAGAAAUGCUCAUCCCCAAAAAAUAAGGCGUUGGCCAAAGGGAGAAAUUCCCUACGUUAUAGAAAAAUCUCUUGAGGAACACAGAGAUCUGAUUCUUUCUGCUUUUGAAGAUUUCAAUAAGAAAACAUGUCUGAAGUUUGUACCGAAAACAAACCAGAGGAAUUAUAUCCAACUAUAUUCAGGAAGAGGAUGUUUUGGACCAGUUGGUAUGACCAAUUGGGGUCAACAGCUCUUGUCCAUUGGUCCAGGAUGCUUGUACAAAGGUGUUAUCAUCCAUGAGCUCGGACACGCAAUAGGAUUCUUCCAUGAACACAACAGGUCGGACAGAGACAAAUACAUAAAAGUUCAUUGGGAGAACAUAAAAUCGGGAAUGGCGCCGCAGUUUACGAAGCUGAAUCCACAUGAAAACCUCAUCUUCAAUGAAUUCGAUUACGAUUCCAUCAUGAUAUACGGCAACACAGCUUUCUCCAAAGACCUCAAGAAUAAGGUGUGGACAAUGGAGGCCCUGAACGGCAGAAAGUUGGAGAACGCCUUUUACAAAGAGGGAUUGACACCAAGUGAUGUAGAGAGGAUCCAGAAAAUGUAUGAUUGCUGAAAAUCCUUCACUGUACAAUAAAGAUUGUUAAUCAAUAUAUAAUGACUCAAAAC